AUGCUUCGUGUCCGCUUGGUUUCGGGACACGAGAUCGCCGCUUUUCCCGUUGAUGAACUGAAAGACUGGGAGGAUCAGUCCGUGAGGGCGUUGAAGCGCAAGCUCUCGAGCCGGUGUGGGUUGCCGAGAUUCAGACAGAGGCUCCUGACCCCGGAUGGCACUGUUCUACCAGAAAGCACCUCUCUGGAUGGAUCGGUGGAGCUGCAACUCGUGCUUCUGGACUUUGCGGAAACUUCCAUCGACCAGGCCUUGGAACUUCAAUCAGCAGCCAGACGCAAAAGAAUCCCAAAGGUGGAGGACUUGUUGCAACGGCCGCAAGAUCCAGACCAAACGGAUGGCCUUCGGACUCCUCUUGUGAAUGCAGCCUUCCACGGAAACACGGAAGUCCUCCGACUCUUGCUGGAAGCCAGUGCAGACUCCAACAAGGCACGCUACGAUGGUUCGACCCCUUUGGUAGUGGCUUGCUCCAUCGGCUCUUCGGAAGGCGUUCGUCUGCUUCUUGAGUCCGGGGCGGAUAAGGACAAAGCCGGCCCAAGCGACGGGACCCCUCUGCUUCUUGCUUGUCAGAACGGCUUCUUGCAGGUCGUGAAUUUGCUGCUCCAGGCAGGAGCCGACAAGGACAAGGCCCGCAACAACGGCGCCACCCCCUUGUUCAUCGCAUGUCAGCAAGGUCAUCUUGAAGUCGUCCGUACUUUGUUGGAGGCAGAGGCUGAUGUUGACAGGGCCUGCUGCAAUGGUGCAACCCCACUCUACAUCGCAUGUGAGCAAGGUGGCUUGCAGUUCGCUCACGCUUCCCACGCCUUGGUGCAGUCUGGUGGAGACGAUGCCUGGUGGUUGGAGAGGUUCCGCCUCUACUCCGAAUAUUACGAGUUCCGCCACCUGGCGGUUGUUCGACUCCUGCUGGAGGCCCGUGCUGACACCGAUAAGCAAAUGCUCCUCGAUGGCGCAGCUCCUCUCUUCAUGGCAUGUCAGCAGGGUCACGCGGAAGUCGUGCGUCUGCUACUGGAGGCUGGUGCAGAUAAAGACAAAGCUCGAUACGAUGGAUCAACACCAGUGCUCGCAGCUUGCACCGCGGGCCAUUUCGAAAUCGUUCAACUACUUGUCGAGGUCAGCGCAGACACCGACAAAGCCAGCGACAGUGGCGACACCCCGUUUGGCGUGGCAUCACGUCGUGGCCAUCAAAAAGCGGCGAUGAACUUCAGCGGCAUGCGAGCAAUGAUCGCGUUCCGCCGCGCGCUGACGGAGCAUCACCAUGCAGCCUACAUGAGCCGAGAAGGACGGCUCUACUACACCAUCGGUAAUCUGGAUUACCGGAUAGACACGCCUGAUGCCAUCAUCACCAACGACACCGACCUACUUCUGCAGUUCCUGUUCGAGUUUGUCUUCGGGGGGAUCAUGAAGCCUGAGUCGGGAUCCUUCUGCCAGCUCUUUUUCCUCGUCUUCACAGUGGCCGUGGCCUACUUCGAAGCCGAGGAUGGUGCUCCAGGAUGGGGCUUACCCUCGAUUGGCAUUGCUUUCGCGGUAGUGAUCGUGUCCUUGGUUCCGACUCUUUGCGCAGCCGAUGGUCUCACGAAGGCCCAAACGGAGGUUCAGGCAGCCGAGGCGGCGUUACGCUCGGCCCAUGCCAAAUGCGCCCUUUUUGCGGAGUCUAUUUGUUUCUACGGUGGAGAGGAAAGCGAGAAAGAGCGAAUCGACAAUCUCUACGAUGCCGUCCGAAAUGGCUUCCAUCGCUUUGCCAAGUACAAGCUAUUGGUGGAUCUUAGCCAACUGGCCUUCUACUUCGGUUUGGCUCCCAUCUCGAUGACGAUGGCGGCCUUCAUCGUGCGGAAAGGCAACUGGACGCAGGACUCCGAGACGACAUUUUAUGUGCUCAACCUCACUUUUCUGCGAAUCAUCCGCUGCUGCUUGGAGAUGGCGAAGAGCGUCGUUGACCUGGCAAAGGCUCAGGCCAUGCUUCAGCGGGUGGUACAGCUCUUAGAGGUCAUGGAUGCCUUCAUCGUCUUCGAGAAUCACCGCAAGGAGCAGGGUGCCUUGAGUCGGGCAGACGGGUUCCUCAUCGACGAGGAGGAGGUUCUCUGCUGCUUGUCCUACUACCGCGUGCAGCAGCUGCAUUGUGGCGCUGUCGUGCCACUCACGCACGCCGACUAUGUGGGCUUCGAGCACGUGGACAUCUACACUCCCGAUGGCAUGAGGUGCUUGAUGCGGGACAUCAGCCUGAGAAUGGAUCCUGGAGAGAGUUGCCUGAUCAUGGGACCCAGUGGCAUCGGCAAGUCCUCCCUGCUCAGGGUGCUGGGGCAGCUCUGGCCGCUGUUCCGAAGCCCUGCAGACAAAGGCGACGGUGCUUCGUUCAGUCGUCCUGGACCUUUCUCUGUGUUUUUUCUGGCCCAGCGUCCAUACCUCUUCCAGGGGACGCUCCGUGAGCAGGUGGCCUAUCCGAUUUGGGACACGUCCCUCCUCACCGACCUGUCCGACGAGAAGAUGGAAAAGCUUUUCAUGGAGAGUGGGCUCGAAGACGUUUGGGAAGCGAGGAGGGAUGAACUGGAUGCUCCCGGCAUUUGGUGGGACGAUGUCCUGUCUUUGGGGGAGCAGCAGCGGCUGCAGUUCUGCAGGCUCUUCUGGCAUGCGGAGUGGUUCCAGGAGUACAAGAAGGAGUCGUCCGGCUUCUUCGCCGUGCUUGACGAAUCCUCAGCCUCGAUGGCCCGAGCCUGA